AUAAUGGCUCUGCUGACUUUAAUUCCUUUCACUGGAGUUAGGGUGGACAACUCGAAAAUGCCAGAGAGAAUGUGAGCCCCCACCCCAUGAUCCCAAAUGAAAAAGCAGGAGAACACAGAAUUCCCCUCACGCGUUACCCCCGGCGGCCCCCUUUUGUGUUGUUCUUGCCAACACAGCAGCCAUCCUGCUGUAUAUAUAUAUAUCAGCUGCCACUCCUGUCCCCAUCACACUCAACACUGGUCAUUUGCUGUCAACGACGAUGGGAAAGAUCACCUUCUACGAGGACCGCGGCUUCCAGGGCCGCUGCUAUGAAUGCAGCACCGACUGCCCCAACCUGCAGCCCUACUUCAGCCGCUGCAACUCCAUCCGGGUGGACAGUGGCUGCUGGAUGCUCUAUGAGCGCCCCAACUACCAGGGCCACCAGUACUUCCUGAGGCGCGGGGACUACCCUGACUACCAGCAGUGGAUGGGCCUCAGCGACUCCAUCUGCUCCUGCCGUUCCCUUCCCUAUACCAGCUCUCACAGGAUAAGGCUGUACGAGAGAGAUGACUACCGGGGCCUUGUGUCUGAGCUCACGGAAGACUGCUCCUGCAUCCGCGAUCACUUCCGCCUCAGUGAGAUCUACUCUCUGAACGUGCUGGAAGGCUGCUGGGUCCUCUACGAGAUGCCCAACUACCGGGGCCGGCAGUACCUGCUGAGACCUGGAGACUACAGACGCUACCACGACUGGGGCGCCGUGGAUGCCAAAGUCGGCUCUCUGAGACGGGUCGUGGAUUUGUACUAAGCCUCAUUUUGCUUGUUACAAUCCACACAAUGCAAUAAAUAUA